AUGGACUCAAGAAAAAGAAAGCAGAGGCAAGAGGAGUCAGAUUCUGACUCAGAAUCUGAAUCUGAACCAAGUGAUGAGAGCGAAGAAUCAUCACCUGGGAAGAAGGAGAAGAAAAAGAAAAAAACAAAAAUAACUCCAAAAAAAACACCACAAAAAAAGAACAAAGUUGUUGUGGAGGAUUCACUUCCUGAAGAAGAUCAAUACUUUGACGGUGAGAGAUAUGAAAUAUCGAGUGACGAACUUGAUGAAUGGCUAGGGGAAAACGUUCAUAAAUCUGCUGCAGAGGGGGACAACCAAGCUGACCUGCGAUCGACAGAAGGUCGCUAUGUGUCCUCUGAAACACUACCGGCUGUGAACUUGGGAAGUGAUGAUCCUUCCUCUCAAGCACGCACAGAACAGAGUAGUGUAAACCAGCCGUCUCAGAGCAUGUUGACUCCGAAUGAUUCCAAUAUGAUGGUUGUUAGGGAACAAACGCCGUCGGAAGCGCUUGCAAUAGUCCCGAUCCAGUUUUUUGUGCCGGCAUCCCAGCAAACAACCACUGACGCAGAUUCCGAACCAACCCCUAUGCUACAGAUUGAAGGGGCUAGAGAAACCACUCCUGAAACCCCCAAACAACUUCAAGAAACAACACCCAAGCUUCCCCCAGCUCCAACAAAAAUUCAUCCAGACGCAGAGGACGCUGCUGCCCUGUUGAUGAUGGCACGGACAGCAACCUAUGUUCCUAAAACAGAUCCGGGGAUGCCAUCAUUCAACCUCGGAUUGACAGAUUCAAGCCAGGAGGGGGCGUCGACGCAGGAGACAGAAAGGGAAAAAUCUCCAGAAACUGCAACUAUGCUAGAACAAUUGGACAGUUUGGUCCAAAAGUUAGCAAGCAGUGCGUCAAAGGGAAAAGACGAAAGUCCACAAAUUCAGAGGGAGACUGGGGGAGAAAGUUCUGCAAAGAAGACGCAGAUGGCAAUACUAACGAGUAUGAGGAGAUGUGCACUCUGA